GCCUGGUUUCCUUAGCCCUGCCCUGUCUGUGUUUUUCUCUCUGUGUGUGUCUGUGUGUCUCACUGAUGGAGCUCUGAGGUUAACACAGCUCGACGCUCCUGUGGAGACCUUUCCUUCUCUUAUUUUAACCUUUGACUCCAUGCUUCACUGAUUAGUUUUUUUAUGAACCACCGUGUGUGUGAGUGUGUGUGUGAGUGUGUGUUGCCAUGUUGCGGGUUGUUGUAGAGUCUGCUAGGGCUCUGCCCAAAAAGAGGGUUGGAAGUCCUGAUCCAAUUACAUCUGUGAUUUUUAAAGAUGAAAAGAAGAAAACAAAAUCAAUUGACAGUGAUGUGAAUCCUGUGUGGAAUGAGGUGCUGGAGUUCGACCUGAAGGGCACUCCACUGGACGCCAGCUCCUACAUAGACGUAGUUGUGAAAGACUAUGAAACCAUUGGGAAAGACAAAUUCCUUGGAUCGACCAAAAUCUCUUUGCGAGAUCUUGCCUCAGGUCAAGUGAGAUCACUUCCAUCCAAAAAUGUUCCCUUAGUGAAUGAAAGUGGACAGAAUAUUGGAGGCACCAUCAACCUUGUGGUUAGCUAUGACCCUCCACCGAAUGCUACACCAAACCCCAACGACCCUCAAGCAGGGGAUGCAACCAUGGAUGCUGGAGGUGGAGGUGGAGGUGAGGAGGGUGAUGAGACUCAACCAGACGGGGUCCAGAGUGGCUCAGCUGGGGGGCCCUCACCUUCUGGUAAGGCUGUUAACCCUCGGCAGCGUCUGACCAGGAUGCAAAGUCGCCACCGACUGGUCAAUAAACCGCAGGAUUUCCAGAUCCGUGUGCGGAUCAUCCAGGCUCGUCAGUUGUCUGGGAACAACAUCAAACCGGUGGUGAAGGUCAACGUGUGUGGACAGACCCACAGGACGAGGAUCAAGAGAGGGAACAACCCUUUCUUUGAUGAGAUGUUCUUCUACAAUGUCAACAUGCUACCAUCAGAUCUGUUUGAUCAGAACAUAAGUCUGCGGGUGUACGAUUCCUAUUCUCUGAGGGCCGACAGUCUGAUGGGGGAGUUCAAGCUGGACGUUGGUUAUGUUUAUGAUGAUCCAGCUCACUGUGUCUUGAGGAAGUGGCUUCUGCUGAACGAUCCAGACGACUCCAGCUCUGGGGCUAAAGGCUACCUCAAAGUCAGCCUCUUCGUAGUUGGGGCUGGAGAUGAGCCUCCGGUGGAGAAGAGGGAGCUAAAUGAUGACCAGGACGACAUAGAGAGCAACCUGCUGCUGCCGGCUGGUGUGACUCUGCGGUGGGCCACCAUGUCCCUGAAGGUGUUCAGAGCUGAGGACAUUCCUCAGAUGGAUGAUGCAUUCGUUCAGACCAUGAGAGAAAUCUUUGGAGGAGAUGAAAACAAGAAGAACCUGGUGGAUCCGUUCUUAGAAGCUGGCUUCGCAGGCAAAAAGCUGUGCACUCAGAUAAUUGAGAAAAAUGCAAACCCUGAGUGGAACCAAAUUCUGCACCUUCAAGUCAAGUUCCCCUCCAUGUGUGAGUCCGUCAAACUGACAGUGUUUGAUUGGGAUCGUUUGACAGGGAAUGAUGCUGUUGGCACCACGUACUUGAACCUGGCAAAGAUAGCCUCCUCUGGUGGCGAGAUAGAAGAGGAACAUGCAGGAAAUGGGGAAAUGACAUCGUAUGAAGCGAAGACAGGGGAGUCUGAGGUCGGGUUUCUGCCUGUCUUCGGCCCCUGUUUUGUCAACCUGUACGGCAGCCCCAGAGAGUUCUCUGGUCUGCCAGACCCCUACGAGGAUCUCAAUUAUGGCAAGGGAGAAGGAGUGGCGUUCAGGGGCAGGAUCCUGGUGGAGCUGUCCACGAAGCUGGAGGGGAAAGCAGACAAAGCAGUCGACAGUAUCCACAGUGAUGACAUCCUGGUGGCACAGAAAUACCAGAGGAGGAGGAAGUACUGUCUGUGUGCAGUCUUCCACAGCGCUUCCAUGAUUCAGGAACCCGGAGAGCCAAUCCAGUUUGAGGUCAGCAUCGGUAACUACGGCAACAAACUGGACACCACCUGCAAACCACUGGCCUCCACCACUCAGUAUAGCUGUGCUGUAUUUGAUGGUAACCACUACUAUUAUCUGCCCUGGGCCAACACGAAGCCUGUGGUGGUGGUUACUUCAUUCUGGGAGGACAUCAGCCACCGCCUGGACACUGUCAACAUCAUCCUCUACAUCGCUCACCGGCUGCAAUCUAACCUGGAGGCUUUUAAAACUGCCAUCUUGGCCAAACUCCCUGAAAACCAGCUCGUAGAGGUGUGGCUCAAGUUGCUCAAUCAGCUGAUUGAAGACCUGGAGAGUUUCCCAACACCAGAGCUGGAGGGCCGUUCCAACCUGACAUCCCUGGACAUCCAAGUCAAAAAGCUGCGAGACAGCGCCCUGACUGCCACUAAAAACGGAGCCAGGCGCAUGAGGGAAGAAGCCAUGGAGAUCCGAGACACUCUGUCUGACAUCGAGUCCUGGGCGGACAAACUCAAAAUGUUGGCUGAGGAGCCCCAGAACAGCAUGCCUGAUGUUAUCAUCUGGAUGCUCCGGGGCGAGAAGAGAGUGGCCUACAGUCGCAUCCCUGCUCACCAAAUCCUUUUCUCCACGUAUAGCGAGCAGGCCUGUGGUCAACACUGUGGCAAAACACAGACCGUCUUCUUACAGUACCCCAUGGACAAGGACAAGGGCUUGAAGGUGCCAGUUGAGAUAAGAGUCAACAUGUGGCUGGGUCUGUCUGCUCAUGAGAAAAAGUUCAACUCCUUCUCUGAGGGAACCUUCAGCGUGUUUGCUGAGUUGUAUGAGAACCAGGCCAAGGUAUUUGGGAAGUGGGGGACCACAGGCCUGGUGGGACGCCACAAAUAUUCAGAUGUAACAGGCAAACUGAAGCUGAAGCAGGAGUACUUCAUGCCCCCUAGAGGAUGGGAGUGGGAGGCCGACUGGUUGAUUGACCCAGAGAAAGCUUUGCUAACAGAGGCAGAUGCAGGACACACUGAAUUCAUGGAUGAGGUAUUCCAAAAUGAGACUCGCUUUCCUGGCGGAGAGUGGAAGGCUGCCUCUGAGCCCUUCACUGAUGUGAAUGGAGAAAAGAGCCGUAACCCUGGAGAGUUUGAUUGUCCUCCAGGUUGGAUGUGGGAAGAUGAAUGGACUGUGGAUGACAACAGAGCUGUGGAUGAUCAAGGCUGGGAGUAUGGAGUGACCAUUCCUCCAAACGACAAGCCUCUAUCCUGGGUCCCGACAGAGAAGGUGUACCACGUCCACCGCAGGCGACGGCUGGUCAGGCCACGCAAGAGAGCUGCUCUGCCAGCAGGAGCUUCUGUAGAGAGGCAGGAUCAGGGUGACCCCGAGGGAUGGGAAUUCUCUUCUCUGAUUGGCUGGAAGUUCCACAGGAAGGAGCGCUCAUCGGACACAUUCCGUCGAAGGCGCUGGAGGCGCAAGAUGGGACCAGAGGACCGACUCGGAGCAUCUGCCAUCUUUCAACUCGAGGGUGCACUGGGAGUUGAUACUGAGGAGAAGGAGAAAGGCUCAAAAGUAGAUGUCUCCAAGCUGUUUGGUGCAAACACGCCUACUGUAUCCUGCUCCUUUGACAGGUCAUACAUCUACCAUCUGCGUGUCUACAUCUAUCAGGCACGGAACAUGACAUCUAUGGACAAGGAUAGUUUUUCAGAUCCUUAUGCACAUGUCUCUUUCCUGCACGUCAGUAAGACGACUGAGAAGCUACGAUCAACGUUGAACCCAACCUGGGACCAAACUCUGAUUUUCAGUGAUGUGGAGAUUUAUGGAGACCCCCAGAACGUUGUUCAAUGCCCCCCAGAUGUCGUGGUGGAGUUCUACGACCACGAUCAAGUGGGGAAGGAUGAGCUGCUGGGCCGCACUGUUUGUGUCCCAAUGGUGAAACUGGCUCCAGGGAUGGAUCAGACACCUAAACUCUUGUGGCAUCCCAUCACUCAGAAGGGUCAGAGGGCAGGGGAGGCCCUGCUGGCUGCUGAACUCAUCCUUAAAGACAAGACAGGCGAGUCAGAUCUUCCUCUGGCUCCUCCAAAGAGAGCCGAGAACCUGUUCAUGGUUCCACAGGGCAUCCGGCCUGUGGUGCAGCUCACCGCUGUGGAGAUUCUGGCAUGGGGUCUGAGGAACAUGAAAUCUUACCAGCUGGCCUCAGUGACAUCCCCCAGCCUGGUGGUGGAGUGUGGGGGGCAGAGGGUGGAGUCAGCCGUCAUCAAGAACAUGAAAAAGAGCCCCAACUUCCCCAGCUCUGUUCUCUUCAUCAAAGUGCUCCUUCCAAGGGAUGAGAUGUACACACCUCCCAUUGUCCUGAAGGUGAUCGAUCACCGUCCAUUUGGCAGGAAGCCGGUGGUUGGUCAGUGCACCAUCAGUUCUCUGGAGGAGUUCAGAUGUGACCCAAACGUCAUCACUGCAGAAGGAGCCAUGUCUUCCAAAAUGGCCCUGAUGAUGUCUUCCCCUCGCAAACAUCUCUCGAUUAACAUGGAUGAGAAGAGACCGCUGCUAGAAGCUCAGUUCAUGUACAGCAUGUCUGCUGCUGUCAACAAAAUGGCUUCUCCUACCUCCCACUUUCUUGAAGAGAAGGAAAAAGAGACAGUUGAUUGGUGGAGCAAAUUCUAUGCUUCAUCUGGAGACCAGGAGAGAUGUGGCCCGUACAUCAAGAAGGGAUACGACACCCUCAAAGUGUAUGACUGUGAACUGGAAGACGUCCCAGAAUUCAAAGGGCUGACAGAUUUCUGCAGCACCUUCAAACUGCAGCGGGGAAAGAAUGAAAAUGGAGACCAUGACCCCACAGUGGUCGGAGAGUUCAAGGGUUCCUUCAAGGUGUAUCCUCUGCCAGACGACCCAAGUGUCACUGCUCCCCCCCGACAGUUCAGAGAGCUGCCAGACAGUGGACCUCAGGAGUGUCUGGUCAGGAUUUAUGUGGUCCAGGCCAUAGACCUGCAGCCCAAAGAUAAUAACGGCAGAUGUGAUCCAUACAUAAAGAUAUCGCUGGGAAAGAAAACGAUUGAAGACAGAGACAAUUACUUACCCAACACCAUCAACCCUGUGUUUGGCAGGAUGUUUGAGAUGACAUGUUUCCUGCCCCAGGACAAGGACCUGAAGAUCUCCGUCUAUGACUUUGAUCUCCUGAGCCGUGACGAGAAGGUUGGCGAGACGGUGAUCGACCUGGAGAACCGUUUCCUGUCCAGAUAUAACUCCUACUGCGGCCUGCCACAAACAUACUGCAUUUCUGGUAUUAACCAGUGGAGGGACCAGCUGAAGCCGUCUCAGAUCCUGGAGAACCUGGCCCGUCUAAAAGGCCUGUCCAAACCCAGGACUGAAGACAACGGCACCUCGCUGACCUUCAAUGGCAAAGACUACACACUGGUUCAGUUUGAGAACGCAAAGGAAGUCCACCAACACUUGGGUCCAGCGCGAGAACGACUUUGUCUGCACGUGCUCAGAACGCAGGGAGUUGUCCAUGAACAUGUGGAGACCCGGACCCUUUACAGCACCUUCCAGCCGAAUAUCUCGCAGGGAAAGCUUCAGAUGUGGGUGGAUGUUUUCCCCAAAAGCAUCGGCCCCCCUGGUCCUCCGUUUGACAUCACACCACGCAAACCUAAGAAGUAUUUCCUGCGCGCUGUCGUCUGGAACACCACCGAUGUGACUUUAGAUGAGACGAGCAUCACCGGAGAACACAUGAGCGACAUCUAUGUCAAAGGCUGGAUGCCAGGCAUGGAGGAGGACAAGCAGAAGACAGAUGUCCACUACAGGUCUCUGGACGGAGAUGGUAACUUUAACUGGAGGUUCGUCUUCGGCUUUGAUUAUCUGCCUGCUGAACAACUCUGCCUCGUGUCCAAGAAGGAGCACUUCUGGAGUCUUGACCAAACAGAGUUCAGGAUUCCUCCCAAGCUGAUAGUUCAAAUAUGGGAUAACGACAAAUUCUCAUUGGACGAUUACCUCGGCACUCUGGAGCUGGAUUUGCGUGACGUAGUUGCUCCUGCGAAGACGCCAGAGAAGUGCUCUCUGGCGAUGAUGAACAAUCUGGACAUCGGACACCCACGCAAGCCGGAGCAAGCCAAGUCUCUGUUUGCACAGAAGUCAGUUCGCGGCUGGUGGCCCUGCUCCAUUGAACAGGAUGGAAAGAAGGUGCUGGGUGGUAAAGUGGAGAUGACACUGGAAAUCAUACCUGAAGCAGAUGCCGAUGAGAGACCUGCAGGAAAAGCCAGAGACGAACCCAACAUGAACCCAAAACUGGAUCCUCCCAAACGCCCAGAAACCUCCUUCUUCUGGUUCACCAACCCAUGUAAGACCAUGAAGUUCAUUGUCUGGAGACGGUUCAGGUGCCUCUUCAUUGGACUCAUCAUCCUCACCAUAGUGUUUCUCUUCAUCGCCAUCCUGUUGUACUCUUUACCGAACUACAUCUCGAUGAAGAUAGUGAAACCUCUGGCAUAGAUUUACUGUGGAGGAGGAGCAGGAACUGAAAAAGACAAUGGAAAUGUCUCCAGGAUCACAUUGAGCAGUUACAAAACAUCUCCAUAUCUUUUUAGUUUAUUAUGCCUCAAGUGUUUUGUUUAUGGAGAAGGGGGGGGGGGCUUGCACAUUUGCACUGUUACACUAUUAGAUCUACACAUUUUACCAUGAACACUUUGUCUACACCGCUGAACUGUGACAUACUUGUUUUCUAAACCACUGCUUCAAACGCACUCACACAAUUUUUUAAUCUUCCUCUACACUGCAAUGCAAUCUAAUACAACAGUCCUGUCAUACUUUAAAAAAUGUAAGCACACUGUAUGCAACAAGUAUUUGAUUUGACUGAUUUUAUUGGCAUUUGGUGGUAAUUUUUUACUGGGUUGCACAAUGAAAUAAGAGGUUUCUAAUAUUAAUGCAUGUUUGUACAUGAGAUGACAACUAUUGAUAGUUUCACUACUUUAUUCUGACAGUUCUAUUAGGCAGCAUUUCAGUGUACCAGGGUUUCUAUCUCUCAAUGUUAUCCUGCCAAAGAUUUUUUAACAGUAUGUCAAAUAUGUCCAUAUUCUGCAUGUUAAAUCAUAUACUAUAUAUUCA